CCCCUUUCCAUCAAACACAAAAAUUUUCUCCACUCUUCUCCAUUAUUCUCUCUCCUUCACACUCUCUUUUACAGUUUCACAUAAACAAAAAAAAGAAAAAAAAUAUUUAAAAAAUUCAAAAAUGUCACUGCGUCGUUCGUUUCUUUCUUCAAGAAGAAUCAUAACUAAAUCAUUUACAUUUUCCAAAUCAUUCAAGGAAUUCAAGCUUCCAGAAACUUCUAUAAACGAUGACGUGGACAAAAACGGCGCCGCUGAAUUCGAUUCCGGCGCCGAAGAGGGAGGUGAUGAGACGUCUUCGUGGUCGAAUAUGUUACCGGAGUUGUUAGGAGAGAUUAUAAAGCGAGUGGAAGCUAGCGAGGAGAGUUGGCCGCUUCGUCAAAACGUCGUCGCUUGUGGAUGUGUUUGCAAGAGAUGGAGACAAGUUACUGAAGAUGUUGUUGAGUCAGCUCUUCAGAAUGGAAAAAUUACCUUCCCUUCUUGCCUUAAACAGCCUGGGCCUCGAGACUCUCCUAUUCAAUGUUUCAUCAAACGUGACAAGAGGAACUCAACUUUUUACCUAUAUCUUGCUCUUUCACCCUCAUUAAUGGACCAGGGGAAAUUUCUCUUAGCAGCCCGGAGAUACAGAAACGGCGCUCACAUUGAAUAUGUAAUAUCUCUUGACGCAGAUGACUUGUCACAGAGAAGUAAGGCCUAUGUUGGGAAGUUAAGAUCAGACUUUCUUGGAACUAAUUUUACCAUAUAUGAUAGUCAACCCCCACACAAUGGGGCAAGGCCAUCAAGCAGCCGGUCUUUGCGACGGUUUGCAAGUAAGCAGAUUAGUCCCCAAUUACCAGCUGGUAAUUUUGAAGUGGGACAUGUUUCCUAUAAGUUGAACCUGUUGAAGUCAAGAGGACCAAGAAGGAUGAUAUGUUCACUCAAGUGCCCCUGUCCUGGAGAAGCUGUUAUGGACAAAUCUCAGAAUGCUCCAAAGAAGAAGCAGCCUGGUUCCGCAGAAACCAACUCCACAGUUCUUAAAAAUAAAGCUCCACGGUGGCAUGAGCAUUUGCAAUGUUGGUGUUUAAAUUUCCAUGGCAGGGUCACCGUUGCAUCUGUGAAAAACUUUCAGCUAGUUGCAACGAUGGACCAAAGCCAGCCUGGUGGAAAAGGUGAUGAGGAUACCGUUAUCCUCCAAUUUGGGAAAGUAGGAGAUGACAUUUUUACAAUGGACUACAGGAAGCCUUUGUCUGCCUUCCAAGCGUUUGCAAUAUGCUUGACCAGUUUUGGUACAAAAUUGGCCUGUGAAUAGAUUCUUCUUAAAACUGUUGCUAAUAUGCUUCUUAGUUUGCUUUUUUCUUUUUUUACUUUGGGUGCAAAGUGACACUUUUUGUUUAAUCUAGUGUUCUCUGCUUAUGCUAUAUUUUUAUAAUUUAGUCAUGUAGUGGAUGUGGAAUCAAGUGUAAUCUAACCUUUAUGGGAAUCUCAACAUCAUGUAACAAAAGUUUCGAUCAAUGGUGUUCUCCUCUCUA